UGAUUGGCUGCUGUGUCUCUGUCUGUCUGUGUGUCGGGAGGCGUGUCAGAGCGCGCGGACCUGCUGCAGCGUCUCCUUAAAAUGGCUGAAAAAUAAAAAACAAAACAAGUUAAAAUAAAUUAAAAAACAAACAAACGGGAAGGUCUCGCGCUCUCUGCUGCUGCGGCUCGUGUUGGAUGACAUCACGUUCUGCUAGGUUCUACUGCGACGGAAACUUUUCAAUGAACUGCACCAGAUUUGGAGUUGACUGUAAAGUGACAGAGAGAUGAUGUCAUGAUCCAGAGCUGCAGACAGUCAGAGCGCCACAGCAGCAGAGAGGUGAUGAUGAUGAUGGUGGUGAUGAUGAUGUUUCCUGUGAAGACGUCGCUGACCUCAGAACAGUCAAACUAAAGUUUAACAGCUGAAACACAAACUGAGGAGUUCUGCACCUUCAGCAGGGUUCUCCACAUCCUGAACCCUCGCCCUGGGGGUCCGUCUCCAAUCAUGCCCGUCGACAUGGCCGUGAGGAUCUGCCUGGCCAGCUCUCCUCCUCUGCGCUCUCUCCUUAGUAACUAUGACAACCGCUGUCCUUCGUCAGCAGCCGCUCUGUUGAAGCGCUGUGAACCUCUGAGACCCUGUCUGUCCUCCGGCAGCUGCGGCUAUGCCCUCAGCAAUGUCGCCACGGCAACCACAACCUCACCGUCAGUAGCCACAGACGUCGGCGGCCUGGCGUGGCUGAGGAGGAAGAAGAAGAAGAGCGUGGUAUUUGCAGACACACGAGGGCUGGCGCUCACCACGGUCCACGUCUUCAACGAGGCCGAGGAUGACGCCCUGACAGAGCUGCAGUUCCACCUGACAGAGAUAGAGGGCGCCGCCGCCAGACUACACCUUGGAGACAAUAAAGACGCUGCAGACUGUGGAUCCGGUCUGGUUCUGGACUUCACCCCGCCUGCUGCAGACUAUCUGGACCUGAGGAACCGCCUAAAAGCCCAGCAGGUUUGUCUGGAGACCUGUUCUGUCCAGGAGCAUCUGCUCUCAGGCACCGUCCAGGUCCGAAACCUCUGCUUUGACAAGUCUGUCUCAGUCCGGAUCACCUUCGACUCGUGGCGCUCCUUCCGGGAGGUUCCUUGUCAGUAUCUAAACAACGUCUAUGGCUGCCCCGACACUGACACGUUCUCCUUCUCCGUCUCUGUACCAGAGGUCCUUGAGCCCUCCAACAGAGUGGAGUUCUGCAUCCAGUACCAGACUCAGGACCAGACCUUCUGGGACAACAACCAGGGCCACAACUACCGGCUGGUGGACCCAAACAGUACCUUGUCCCAGAGCACUGACAGUACCGCCGGGCUGGAGAUCCGGAGAGACCGUGACAGAGAGAAGAGGGAAGAGAUGCAGUUUGAUCCUUUUGGAAGUCCCAGGACGUCAGCAGGGAUCUUCCCUGAGUGGCAGAGCUGGGGUCGAGUGGAGACCAGUGCCCCCUACUGGUGAGACGUCACAGGAUAUUUUAAAAUCACUCCUUGAUUUUGUUCCCAAGAUGUAAGAAAUUCACAGGACCCUCACAAGAGCACCGAAAUAUUAUAUUCUCUGGAAUUUAUCCAGGCAUGUUUGUAGGAAACACUACGGAUUGUUGCUUUCACUUGAGCCACUUUAGCUGCCCUAACGUUAACUAUUUAAUGUCUGGAUGGAGACGAAGACUCCACAUUAAAGGCGAUUCAGGUCAUCAAAAUGUCUCGGCCAAACAGCGGUCACACUCUGGCACAUCUGGGUUUUCCUGGAACCCUGCUGCCCCUUUAGAACCAGACCUGGUUCACAUCUGGUCCUCCUGUACCAGAACACAGCCAGAUGUGCCACAGUUGGCUCGAUCAGCUGGAUACCCUCAUGGCCUCUUUAAAAUGUUACAAAGGGACCUGUGCUUUUUAAAAGCAUCCCAACAAUUCAAGAGUUUGUACUUCGUCACUUUUUCAAAUAUGCAACUGACCACAAACUGAGACAUUCACAAGAGAUCCAGGAGUCAAAGGGCUUUUUAAAAGCAUCCAACAGAUUUAAGUUUGAAAUGGAUCCAGGAGAUGACCUCUAAUGUUCAGAGGUCUUACAUGGACUCAAAAGUGCUUUCUUAAAACCUCCCAAAGAUCCAUAAAAGUUUCAAGGCCUUAAAGGUGUUUAAAAAAACCUUCACAAGGCUUCAUCUUUCAUCUGCGUUUCACAGAAGUGUAAAUACAGUAAAGAGUUCUAAACAUCGCAACACUUAGUGAUCUCCAGCAGCACAGCUGAGUGACCGAGUCCUGUCUUUGACACAUCAACAACACGAGGACGGCUGACCGAUGGAGGACUCGUGCAUUCUGUGAUUUGUUUCUCAGCUCUUUGGGAAGUUCAGACCUUCCUUCAGUUCUUCUUUCUUUUUCACCAUGACAGCUGAUUCAUGAUUCUCAUCAGAAGCCCUUCAGCACAUUCAGCUCCUGAAUCAGCUGUCAGAGAAGACCAGCAGUCUGAAACACUGAGUCCAGAAUCCUUCUGACUCAGUGAUGAAACCCUUCUGUAGUCUCUGCUCGACGUUGUUUUUACAGUGUGAAAUCCUGUUUGUGUGUUAAACCUUGAUGCCUUCAAGCUCAGUUCACCUUUGAUUCAUCCAGAACCUGAAAACCUACACAAGGCUGAGUCCAACUGUCAGGACUCCCCAAUACUCAGACUCGAGUCCUCAUAUGGACUCUGUGUCCACAGAUGGACUGAAUAUUCCAUCUGCAAGUCCAGAGGGGGGACAUUUGUAUUCAGUCCAACUUGAGAGGUUCCUCUUGGUCCUUCUCAGGUUCAGUAGGAACGUUCACUCUGAACACCUUGAAUAUUUGACAUGUCAGUUUACCUGAGCAAAUAAAGUUUAAAUUUUAAACUGAGUGAAUUCAGAGUGAACUGAGUCAAGUCCUGUCUCCGUGUGAGACUAAACUAGAACCUUCACAGACCAAAACUUUGUGAAAAGAACCUGCGCUUUAGUUCAUACUGUCCUCUUAGCUUUGGCCUCUGUAGUCAGUGGAAACCAGCCGGUCUUUUAGCUUUUACCUUUGGUAUCAGAUUAUGUUCCUUUAAAUGAUGACGAUGACGAUGAUGAUGAUGGCGAUAAUGAUGUUACAGGGCUGUAAUAAGAACAUUUAAAGGAAAAGACUUUGGCUUUACAGGCGUCACAACUAAACACAGCUCAUAACUCCUCAGCAGACCUUCAUCUUUUUAACUGAGCACAACAUGGAGACAGAACUGUAGCACUUUAAACUGUUUCCUCUGAACUCAGCCGCUGCUCUUCAAAGACAACUUGGAAUUGGCUGGAUAUAGUGGGGGCUUUCACUUGGACUUCUCUCAGGUCCUUCUGGGUUUUUGACUUGGACUUGUCUUGGGUUUUGGGGGGCUUUUUGGACUUGGAUUUGACUAAUAGGAAAUUUGUCUCUGACUUCUUUUUAAUUGGAUGUCUUUUUGUGGAAGUUUUGACUCAGACUUAUCUCCGUUUUUUGGAGUGUUGACUUGGACUUUUUGAACUUUGUUUUGUUUCUGAUCUGAUGUCUUGACUCGGAGCCCAUGUGGACUCAGACUUGUCUUGGACUCUGCCUCACGUGGAUAAGAACCGAGAGCAGUAGUGGUUAAUCUGCUUCCUGUCAGUCUGAACUGAGGACUUCAAGGCCUCAGGGCCUCGGACCCUCAGCAGGUUCACCCUGAGCAGCUGAUGUGUUUGUGAAUGCAGACAGAGAUGGAGGCAUGUAGACCACAAUCACCAACUCCCACACAGAGACUGUGAGGAGGAACUGGGGGCUGAUGGGUGCCGAUGGGAGCCAAUGGGGGGCCGACUGUUGUGGGGCCAACUGUGUUUGAGAAAGUGUUGUGAUGAUUUCCUACAUCUCCCACAAUGCCUCAGUGAUCUGGGGUGUAUCUGAUGAGGUGAAGAGCAUCAGCGGUGUUUUUUCUCUGACGUGUUGUCGAGUGUUUGAAGGAAAGUUUUUUGUGACCGGGAUGUGAUCCUGACAGACGUGUCUGCUCUGAUGGACUCAUGCUAACUGUUCAGGAACACUGUGCGUCAGUGUUGCCCCUCCCCCAGCUUUCUGAAUGAAUUUAUAAUGGAUCUACAUUGUGUUGCUCCUCAGCUAUCUGAACUAGUUCUGUUUUGUUUGUGUCUGGUCUGGUUGGCGAGGUUCUCCAGGAGUGGUUUCCUGUGCCGUUAGCAUCCGGAGCUAAUCCACCGUGCUAACCACUACGUCCAGGUCUGAAAACAGCAGAAGUGCCCUUUAAAGGAGCUUCUCUUUUAUUGGCCCGCCGUCUGUGGUCUCAGUUGUCAGUAUCCAUGUAGAUUACAACUCUGCUAUCAUUGGCUGUCGACAUGAUGACAGCACAUUGGGUCACUGCGUUUAGCUCAUGCAGGUGGUUUUAUUUCCUGAUGCAUGUGAAUGCAACAUGAGGAUGAGGAUGAUGAAGGUGGGAAGUUUUUGUUUCUUUUUUGUUACUAGCCUAAACUCACUCUCCUUAGCAUGUGGCUAACAAUCACUGGUUCCUCUGGUGAUGGUUAGUUGUUGCUAUGCAAUCUAGCCACUGACUGUAGUCUUGUUGUCAUGGUAACUGCUGUAGACGGAGAGGUAAAGGUGAACCCUGCACUUCCUGUUUGCUCCUGUAGCCAGUUUACCAGAUUAAAAGCCCGUAAUAAAAUCUGUGUGUGUGUGUGUGUGUGUGUGUGUGUGUGUCUUAACGUAUGAAGCAUGUGACAGGAAGGUUUGAAGGAAAUGUAAAGUGUAUUUAAAGUGAAUAUGGGAGGAGUCGAGAUGUUUGACUGCAGGUGGCGUCGUGCUGCGUUCAAGUCACGUCAGAUUUAUUGUAAAUACCAACGUGACCCCAGAAAAAAAUGUGUUUUUAUUUGGAAUAAAACUGUUACCAACCGACUGCUGUAUGUUAUUAAUAAGUUUGACUAUUGAAAGUGAAGAUAAACUUAAAGUUUGUUUCUGUUUCUGUGACCGAUGGCAACAGUUUGUAAAACUGGUUCAGUGUUCAGAGAGCUGUGGUGUGUUCAGGUCUGAUCCUGGUAAACAAAGGGUUCACACUCAGUUCAGUUCCCUUUUUGUCUGAAACAUUAUUCUAAUUUUAAGUGAUGAAAUGAAAACAUGGCUGCGUGUCGUAGCGUCCUGUGGGUGGGGCUAAUCAGUAGAGAUUCAGGCUAACUUUCAGAGUAAAAGUUUACUCUUUACUCCAACGUGACCUGAACGCAACAAUUUAGCUAGCCGCCACGUUAGCUUGUGCUAACAGACUUAUAAAUGCCAUUUAAGUUGGCUAGCUAGCAAGCUAGCUGUCUGCUAGCAUUAGCAGCUGUACUGUAGCAAGACUGUAUUGUAAAGUGCAAUGUAAUGAUGAUGUCAUGGCGUACUGCUGAAGCAGGAAGUGAUGUAAGCAGGGAGUGACUGGCUGUUCCUUUUGUGUGUCUCCUUUCAGAAUAAAAGUCUAAUAUUUAUAGUGUU